AUGCAUUUAGUUAAACAUGAGAGAAGUGCAUCGGUCAGAAAAUAUUUAAGAAUAAGAAUAUUUAGUUGGCAACAUGCACAACAUUUAGUUUGGUUACCACAUCCAAGCCACAACUUUUUAUUUAUCAAGAAGGAAAAAUACUUUGAAAAAGCAUUGAACGAAGCGAAGCAUUAUCACAAGAAAAAUAAGCACAGAUGA